AUGAGGAGUCGUAUAUGCAGUGUCAACAAAAACGCCAAACCCGGGCUCAUAGCCUCUCGAGGGCUCGAAGGAGGAAAGGGAGAUAAACUCUCCUUAGACGUAAAAUGGAUAGAUGAUGAUGGCUUUCAAGACACGUCUACCUAUUUAUCCCCUGGGCAAGGUGGACCUCGGAACCUGCAAAAGCGGUUGGCGAAGGCGGCGAAUCCAUCACGUGCCUUUAAUGAAAGGAGCAUCGCCAAGACCUGCUUACGUACUCUAAAAGCCAGAAAACGCAAGUCGACGCAGAAACAGAAAGACAAACAAGCAAGACAAGAACAAGAAGAAGAAGAAGAAGAAGAAGCAGAAGAUACAACAGAAGAAGAGGAAGAGAAGAAGUAG